UUUCUUAGAACAACUAAAUCAAGAAUAAUAAGUUAUUGCGAUUAAAAUAAAUAACUAAUGCGUUUGAAAUAAAUUAUUAAUGCGUCUCAAGUAAAUAUACCUACUUCUUGAUAAGUAACAUGCAGGGACAUCUCUUGACAAUAAUAGUAACUACAAAACCAUUGCACAGUGAUACUCAUGUUAAAAUGGAUAUAAUUGAAUUUAAAGAUAUUAAAUCUGUGCAAGAUAUUGUCCAUCCUUAUGAUAGUACCUUAAGGAAUAGUUCAGUGCCAAUCAUCAUUGACAAUGGUUCCUGCACAAGUAGAGUAGGAUGGGCUUCCCAGUCUGAGCCACUCUUAAUAUUUAAAAAUUUAAUUGCUAAGCCCAGAAAAGAAAGAUCUAAAAAAGAUACAAAUGUUGAAGUACAAGCACCCCCAUUACAAGUUGGAAAUGAUAUUUUAAAUAUUGAAGCAAUGCGUUUUCAACUCAAAACACAGUUUGACAAGAAUAUUGUAACUCAUUUUGAGGCACAGGAGCAUUUAUUUGAUUAUACCUUUUAUCACUUGGGAAUUGAUACAGAAAAAUGUGUUCCACAUCCAAUUGUACUUUCUGAAGGAUUCUUAAAUCCAAAUUCUUCAAGACAAUUAAUGUCUGAAUUGUUAUUUGAGUGCUAUUCAGUCCCUAGAAUUUGUUAUGGUGUUGAUGCAUUAUUUGCACACCAACAUUUGACAUCCCAGAAAGAUGCUCUGCUGUUGAAUUUGGGAUAUCAUACAAUGCAUGUGAUACCAAUAUUAGAUGGCAAAGCAUACUUUGAACAUACUAGAAGAAUCAAUACUGGUGGUCAUCAGAUUGUAAUGUUUUUACAUCGAAUGCUACAGCUUAAAUAUCCAGCACAUGCAACACAGAUAACAUUGAGUCGAGCAGAAGAAUUGUUGCACCGUAUUUGUCUGAUUGCACCGAAUUAUCGUGAGGAGUUAAUGCGAUGGAAUGACGUCGAAUAUUAUGAGAAGAAUAUUAAGAAAAUACAGCUUCCUUAUAAUGCUCACAUACCAUCUGCUGGUUUAACAGCUGAACAACAGAAAGAAAGGAAAAAAGAACUUGCGAAGAGACUAUCUGAAAUAAACGCACGUCGUAGAAACGAAAAAUUGGCAGAAGAUGAAGAGAAAUUACAGAAAUUGUAUGAUAUACAAGAACUCGAUGAUGACAUUGAAGAGUUUGAGUAUGCAUUGAGUCAAAACGGAAUUGAGACUCAAGAAGAUCUAGAAAAGAACAUCAAUCUGUUAAGGAAUCGAAUUGAAAAGACAAAACAGAAAAUUCUCGCGGCGAAUGCCGAAGAAUUAAUCGACGAACCACCAACUAAACAAUUAAAGCUAAAUAAAAUUGUGUUUGAGAAUGAGAAAGCGCUGCAAUUGUACGUUCAAAACGCUAAGCGAAUGAAACAAGAAAUAUUGAACAAAAAACUAGUGAGAAAACAGCGUAAACAAGACAUGGCAAAACGUCGAACGGCGGCUGGACAAGAACGCAUGCGAAUAAUUUCGCAACUUGCCAGGAAAGAAAAAGGAAAUGACGAUUUUGGAAUUCGCGACGAAGAUUGGGACAUUUACAAAACAAUCAGUCGAGAUGGCGGUGAUAGUGAUAGCGAUGCAGAAAACGAAAAACUUCUCGAAUUGGAAGAGGUAAUAAAGUCAUAUGAUACUGGUGAGGAACACGAUCAUUUAGCUCCAGCCGAAGCUCAUCAACUACAUAUCGGUAUUGAGCGAUAUCGCGCACCAGAGUUGCUUUUUAAACCAUACAUGAUUGGUUCGUCAGAGGCGGGUUUAUCAGAAGUGAUGGGUUAUGUGCUCAAAUUAUUUUCUCCUGAAGAACAGUUGCGUUUAGCGGGUAAUGUGGUGCUAAUGGGUGGUUUGUCACAACUACCGGGAUUAAAGGAACGUAUUCAAGCUGAUUUAACGCCGAUAAGACCAUUUCAGAGCUAUUCAGCUGUUGAUUUAAUGCCAAAUCCAAUACUAUCACCAUGGCAAGGGGCACGGAAGCUUGCUAAUAGUGAUUUAUUCGAAAGUUACUGCGUAUCGCGGGCAGAAUAUGACGAAUAUGGUGGUGAAUAUUUUAAAACACACAUUGCAUCGAAUUUGUAUACUCCAAGUCCCAAGGAACAAUUGGUUGAAGUAGACAUUUAAUUGUAUUUGAACAUUCUACAGCUAAUAAAUCAUAUAAAAUGCAA